AAAUUGUUCUAGUUGCAGUCUUCACCUAGUUUGAACGAACCAAAAGAAGUUGGUUAAUUCUCAAAGAUAGUAUAAAUAAACGACAGUUGAGUAUGUCAGUUGAUGCUGUAAAAUGGAAUAAGCGCGCAUCGAUGCUGUAUGCAGUGGGAAUAUGGACUAUGUUCGGGACCUAUGGAUAUUAUAGAUAUCAACACAGAAAUGACCCGCGAGUUGAAAUGCCUAAAGAAGAGGAAGACACAAGACCAAACGUGAAAACAGUCAAGACAUCACAUGUGUCAACAACGAUAGUCUACAAAGAAGAUUUUGUGCCAUAUUCCACAAGAUUUCUGAACCUUUUCAGACCUGCAGCUAACAGCUCUUCAGGAUGUCAAGAUGAUGAAAAAUGAAGAGGAAGCUUGAUUUGUAAAGGUUAUGGAUUAAUAAAAAUGGACGGUGGCUCUCGUUCCACACAUUCUGUAAUAUAAAAUUCUUAAAGGUGGAAUGCAUUGCGUUUGGCUGUUUGCUGGCACAGGUUCAGAAAUGUCAGUGGCUGUUUUCAAUUUUGUUAAAAGAAUUGGGUUUUUUCCCAGUGUUGUCUUUUCUGUCACCAAUGUUCAAACGUUGUUGUUGUUGUGUUGUUGUUGUGUUUUUUUUUGGUUUUUUUUUUGUAAUCACUGGGCAAGAGGAAGUUUGAUAGAGCUUGACAUUUGUGAUAUGUGAUAUUUUCAUAUGUUUGAAAUAGUGCACAGUGCAUCUGUUACCAUUAUCUCAGCAGUCAGUGCUGAAAGCAUUAUUGCGAACAGGCUUUGUGACCUGGGUACAACGUAGAUGCAAGCCUCUGGCCAUUGUCUAUCUGUGAAGAAGACCUAGUAUAAUUUAAGAAAUUACAGUUUAAUGAGGCUUUCUGUGGAAAAAGUGUCACUUAUCUCAAAACCUGUUGAAUAACUAUGAGAGAAUUUACUGUAUGGGUCUGUUAAGUGAUUAACAUAAUGUCCCAAAGACACACACAAACAACAUACAGCAACUUGCAGAAUUAUUGAAACCCUUGAAAAAAAAGGUUUUUGCUUAGAAGCUUGAUCUUACACUGAAAAUGAAAAUUGUAAAACACAGUGACAAAAAAUGAUUUAAAGAAAAAAAAAAGCCUUUUUCUUGUCCUAUGUCAUUGUUUGCAGGGUGCAGGAGGGUGGUAAGAGCUUAGGUCACAAUGACUGCUCAACUAACUAGUGUUUCAAUAAGACCACUGACUGAAGUGACAUCUGUGUUUAAGUCAGUAAGAAAGACAUCCAUAAAUAGGGCACUGGAUUCCGCAUUCAGGCCUAUAUCUUGGUGUACAUUGCACAUGUACUUACCCGCUUUCAAAACGAUGCAGAAUGACUUAUCUGUGCCUUUUUUUAAAUUCUCAAAUGUGUUUUUGUAAUUAGACAUUUAUGCACUGCAACUCUACUGUAGUUGUGGAUGGACUGUUCUUGUCUGAUCACGUUCUGCAUUGGCAUUCUCGGUCAUGUGAAAACCAAUUGCGCUUCUGUUUUUGCUUUACGUGGUGCACUAAUGCAUAAGCAUCACUGUCACCAAAUGCACACUUUCAAAAACAGUUUCUAACCUCUGUUAUGCUGUCAGGGGCAUUUGUCUCCUUGGCGGGAAGAUUCAGUACAAAGUUAUUUGGAUGGAUCACUUUUAUUCUAUGAUGAAAAAUGUCACUCCUGAUGGUAGUGGGUUCUUCCAAGAUGACAAUGCUCUCCAUUCACAGGGCAUGAGGGGUCAUUUCACAAAGUGGUUUGAAAAUGAUUAAUUUGUGUGAUAUGGUAUUUGCAGACACCUGAUCUCUACUUAGUUGAACACCUGUGUGAGAUUUUUAGACUGUGAUCUUCACCACCAUUAUCUUUGGGAAGAAUGGUGUGUCGCAGAAACUUGUCAAAUCUAUGCUAUGGUGCACUGAAGCUGUUCUGGCAGCUUGUGGUGUGGGUCAGGUUUGUAGUUAUUUUCCUUCAAAAUGUACUGCAGUUAGUCUUAGAAACAAAUAAAAUAAGACUUCCGAUUACUAUGUAUUUUACGAUCAUGAAAAACAGAUUUAAAAACAUAUUGUAUGAGGAAAUAGAUUAAUGGUAUGGGGUGUAGGCCUAAUAUUGUCGGUCGUGCUGACGUUCGUGUGACGCCGGUACUGAAGGCUGUGAAACCGGAAGUUCAAAUGUUCCCCGGGGCACGACUCAGGCGAAAACAAUGAAAGCAAUCAUUCAGAGAGUCACUAAAGCGAGCGUAACAGUCGGGGAGGAACAGAUCAGUUCCAUCGGGAGAGGUCUUUGCGUUUUGCUUGGGAUAUCAGCAGAGGACACACAGAGAGAUGCAGAGUACAUGGUGCGUAAGAUUCUGAACCUACGUGUGUUUGAGGAUGAGAAUGGCCGAGCGUGGAGUCGCAGUGUAAUGGACAAGGAACUGGAGGUGUUGUGUGUGAGUCAGUUCACACUGCAGUGUAUUCUCAAAGGCAACAAGCCUGACUUUCACUCAGCCAUGCCUGCUGAAUUGGCCCAGCCCUUUUACAACAACAUUCUGGAGCAGAUGAAGAGUGCUUACAAGCCAGAGCUCAUUAAAGAUGGCCAGUUUGGUGCCUACAUGCAGGUGCAAAUCCAGAAUGAUGGACCUGUCACCAUUCAUUUAGAGUCUCCUACUGGACCCACAGAUGCUAAACAGCUUUCAAAACUAGAAAAACAGCAGCAGCGUAAGGAGAAAACACGUCCGAAAGGCAACUCUGAGUCAGGAAGGGAGAAGGGUGCCUUGCGCUCGAAAGCGGACCCCAAUGCCAGUAGUGGAGCAGAGGGUGAUGUGUCUUCAGAAAGGGAACCAUAGCUGAGGGAGGGUGUGCUUGGGACUGAUCUGUCCACUCUCCAGAUACAAGCUGCCAUCUUCAGGGACUCUAAACAGUGUAGCGCAAUUAAACAUGACUCGCAUAAUGACAUGGUCAUUAUUCAACCAUCUCCUUUCACCCUUUUAACCAAAUCUACAGCCUUAAUUUCUUCUGAAUCUGGGAUUGUAUCUAAACAUCAGGAUGUGUGCCAGAGGAGGAGGAAGACAGGGUGAAAUUGACCAGGAUAUACCCUCACCACUGUAUUUGUGCUGCUUUGGAGCAAAAUCUGAAUAUUUAUUGAUGUGAUGUUUACCAUCAGAAUUAUCUUGAAUGUAUGCUUACCUGUGAUUUUAAUGAAAAGGACAUCUGAACAUGAAAAGAUGGAAAGACAUGUCUUUAUUUAAAAAAAAAAAAAUCUUUGUAAAAAAAAUAAAUUUACCGUGUAAACCA